AUAAAUCGAUAGGAAAAUUGGAAUUUUCCAUUUGUUGAAGAAUAAUUCUUCAAUUUUCGGCUGAAUUUCGUUAUCUCUUUCACUUUUUUUUGUGAAUUUGGAGGAGAUAGUGCAUGUUGUAGAUCAGGAUGUUGUCGCUGCAAAGCGAUCCACGGCAGUAUCAGCAACAGUUGUUGAUUUCUAGGGUUUCACAUGAUGGUGAUCCGAGAAAUGAUUCGUCGUUUCCGUUUUAUGCUGAGUCGGUUUUGUCAUCUGUGAAUAUCAAGUCUGACUUGUCUAGAGAAGUUGAUGAGGACACACUCUUAACUCUUGCUCAUCAGAACUACAAAGCUGGAAACUAUAAACAGGCUCUAGAGCAUAGCAAGGCAGUUUAUGAGAGAAAUCCCCAGCGCACUGAUAAUCUUCUUCUUUUGGGGGCUAUAUAUUAUCAGUUGCAUGAUUUUGAUACAUGCAUUGCAAAAAAUGAAGAAGCCCUCCGCGUUAAUCCACAGUUUGCUGAGUGCUAUGGAAAUAUGGCAAAUGCUUGGAAGGAAAAGGACAAUAUCGAUGUUGCAAUACGCUAUUAUUUGAUUGCAAUAGAGCUGCGUCCCAAUUUUGCUGAUGCCUGGUCAAAUUUAGCUGGUGCAUAUAUGAGGAAAGGAAGGCUGAGUGACGCAGCCCAAUGUUGCCAUCAGGCUCUAGCUUUAAAUCCUCGUCUGGUUGACGCACAUAGCAAUCUUGGAAAUCUGAUGAAAGCACAAGGUUUGGUGCAAGAGGCAUACAAUUGUUAUGUGGAGGCACUGCGCAUACAACCUACAUUUGCUGUUGCAUGGUCCAAUCUUGCUGGCCUCUUCAUGGAUGCUGGCGAUCUUAACAGGGCAUUGCAGUACUACAAGGAAGCUGUCAAGCUAAAACCAAAUUUUUCAGACGCAUAUUUGAACCUGGGAAAUGUGUAUAAGGCUCUCAGGAUGCCACAGGAGGCCAUUAUGUGUUACCAGCGUGCUCUCCUUGUGCGACCAGACUAUGCUAUGGCUUUUGGCAACUUAGCUACUGUGUACUAUGAACAAGGCAACCUGGAGAUGGCCAUGCUUAAUUACAGGAGAGCUAUAACCUGUGAUGCUGGAUUCUUGGAGGCAUAUAACAAUCUGGGUAAUGCUCUGAAAGAUGCUGGUAAAGUUGAAGAAGCAAUUCAUUACUAUCGUCAAUGCCUCUCACUUCAGCCUAACCAUCCUCAAGCACUGACUAAUCUUGGAAACAUUUAUAUGGAGUGGAACAUGAUGAGUGCUGCUGCACAGUGUUACAAGGCAACUUUAGCUGUGACAACUGGGCUUUCAGCUCCUUUUAACAAUUUAGCCAUAAUAUACAAGCAGCAGGGUAACUAUGCAGAUGCCAUAUCUUGCUACAAUGAGGUACUCAGGAUUGAUCCCAUGGCAGCUGAUGGACUAGUCAAUAGAGGUAACACAUACAAGGAGAUUGGUAGAGUUAACGAAGCUAUUCAGGACUAUAUGCUAGCUAUUACCAUAAGACCAAAUAUGGCAGAGGCUCAUGCAAAUUUGGCUUCAUCUUAUAAGGACAGUGGCAAUGUGGAGGCAGCUAUAAAAAGCUAUAGACAAGCUUUGAUGCUACGUCCCGACUUCCCAGAAGCAACUUGUAAUCUUCUUCACACGUUGCAGUGUGUCUGUGAUUGGGAUGAUCGAGAGAAGAUGUUUAUUGAAGUUGAGGGGAUCCUGAGAAGACAGAUUAAGAUGUCAGUUAUCCCAAGUGUACAGCCUUUUCAUGCAAUUGCUUACCCUCUCGAUCCACUGCUAGCUCUAGAAAUCAGUUGUAAGUAUGCCCAGCACUGCUCUGUAAUUGCAGCUCGUUUCUCACUUCCUCCUUUCAGUCAUCCUCCUCCAUUGCCAAUAAAGGGUGGUAGCAGGAGUGGUCGGCUUAGGGUUGGAUAUGUGAGUAGUGAUUUUGGCAACCACCCACUAUCACAUCUGAUGGGUUCAGUGUUUGGCAUGCACGAUAGAGAAAAUGUUGAGGUGUUCUGCUAUGCUUUGAGUCCAAAUGAUGGCACUGAGUGGAGGCUCCGCAUUCAGUCAGAAGCAGAGCAUUUUGUUGAUGUAUCGUCGUUGACAUCUGAUGUGAUAGCUAGGAUGAUUAAUGAGGAUCAAAUACAGAUCCUAAUCAAUCUUAACGGUUAUACUAAGGGGGCCCGAAAUGAGAUCUUUGCAAUGCAGCCUGCUCCUAUCCAGGUUUCGUAUAUGGGGUUUCCUGGAACCACUGGAGCUAACUAUAUACAUUAUUUGGUUACAGAUGAGUUUGUGUCACCUACGCGGUACUCACAUAUUUACUCAGAGAAGCUUGUCCAUCUCCCUCAUUGUUAUUUUGUCAAUGAUUAUAAGCAAAAAAACCGUGACGCGUUAGAUCCAAGCUGCCAACCCAGGCGCUCAGAUUAUGGGCUGCCAGAGGACAAAUUCAUUUUUGCUUGUUUUAAUCAGCUCUACAAGAUGGAUCCUGAGAUAUUUAAGACAUGGUGCAAUAUUCUUAAGCGUGUACCAAACAGUGCUCUUUGGCUGCUUAGAUUUCCAGCUGCAGGGGAAAUGAGGGUUCGCGCACAUGCUGCUACACAUGGUGUGCAGCCGGAUCAAAUUAUUUUCACAGAUGUUGCGAUGAAACAAGAGCACAUCAGACGCAGUUCCUUGGCAGAUCUUUGCCUUGACACACCACUGUGCAAUGCACAUACCACUGGAACAGAUGUACUUUGGGCUGGUCUUCCGAUGGUCACCCUUCCCCUUGAGAAAAUGGCAACUAGAGUGGCUGGUUCGUUGUGUUUGGCCACAGGGGUUGGUGAGGAGAUGGUUGUUAGCAGUAUGAAGGAGUAUGAAGAGAAGGCAGUGUCACUGGCACUAAAUCGUCCCAAGCUCCAAGAUCUCACCAAUAGACUCAAGGCUGUGCGCCUGAGUUGCCCUCUGUUUGACACAGAGCGCUGGGUACGGAAUCUGGAGCGGUCUUAUUUUAAGAUGUGGAAUCUCUAUUGCUCUGGCCAACAUCCUCAACCGUUUAAAGUGACCGAGAACGACAUGGAAUUUCCUUAUGACCGGUAGAUGUAAAAACAGUAAUAUAAACGGGAUUGUAGAUAAUACUUAGAAUGUGAAGAGCUAUUUAUUCUAAAGGUUGACUAGGUGUCUCACUGCUAGUAAUGGUAUUUAACGGUGAGUUUCUAUCUUAUCUUGUACUGCUUCUUUUAACUCCACCCCAGGAGCUCCCCACUCUACUCCCUUGGUGACUCGAAUCAUAACCUCAAGGUUGAAGGCGGAGGUUGCUUAUACUUGAA